GUCAGAAAAAAAGAAAAUUAACAAAAAUACCCAAAUUCUAAAUCAGCCCAAUUUUUUCUCCAAACUACCGUUCUCCGCCGUAAUCUUGGCGCGACCGCCGGUUAAGCUCCAGCACCGCCGUGGCUGGCUCGUUUGGCAUUCUAUAACUUAUUUGCGUAUUUAUCUGUUCGUUUCAGCUCCCGUUUUCGUGUCUGGUUUGGACUUUUGCGGUUUCAUUGCUUUGAACUUGAUUAGAUCAACUUUGUUUGACGCCUUUGUUAUGGUCUUUGGCUCUAGUUGGUGGUCUAACUUCAUGUUACACAGAACAUAUUUAUUGGUCUAAGAUAAAGAUGAAUCUACAGACACAUCAUACGGGGCAAAUCUCAGGCCAGGUACCCAACCAAGCUGGUACUAUGUUGCCUGGGCUACCACAGCAGAAUGGGAACCCUAUGGCCAGCCAAAUGCAGAAUCCUAAUGUUCAUCGAAAUGUAGCCAAUAUGGACCCAGAAACUACUAAAAGACGCAAAUACAUGCAAGAGAAAAUCUGGAACUUUCUUAUGCAGCGGCGCCAACAAUCUCCUGAGGUUCCCAACAGGAAAAUGGUUGAUAUAGUGAAACGUCUAGAAGAUGGUUUAUUCAGAAGUGCUACAACAAUGGAGGAGUACCUAAACCUGGAAACUUUGGAGAGGCGUUUGCACAUUCUGAUUAAGCGCUUUCCUACAACUACAAGUAAUCACAACCAGCAGAUGUCACAUAGUAAUGCUUCCCCUCCCAUCGGUACAAUGAUACCCACACCUGGGUUUCAACAAACUGGGAACUCAAGCUUCGGUGGAACUUCAUCAGUGGAUAAUUCUUUUGUGAACAAUGUGAACAAUAGUAGUUCCAACACAAUUGCAUCAUCGACCAUCAAUUCAGGAAGCUUCUUUCCAACUCGAAAUGGGUCUUCUGGAAGUGCGCAUGGAGCUUUGGCUGGUGGGUAUCAGCAGUCACCUAAUGCUUUCAUGGUCAAUCCUGGGGGAAAUAACAUGAUGACGUCUAUGGGUGCUCAAAGAAUGACUAGUCAAAUGAUCCCAACUCCUGGAAUCAGUAACUCCAAUACUAAUGAUAUGAUUAGUAACACUAGUAACAAUAAGUCCGCAAAAAUUGAGCCAUCAGAUCUUGGAGCAUGUCCUGAUGUUGACUCUACAACUGCAUCACAACCUAUGAUGCAAAAACAGCAUGUUGGUGGUCAAAAUUCUCGUGUCUUGCACAAUAUUGGCGGGCAAAUGGGUAGUGGAGGCAGUUCUGCGUUGCAGCAGAAAUCCUUUGGAGUGUCUCAUGGGCCCCUAAGUGGAGGGUUUGGAAUAAUGGGAAAGAAUAUGCCUGUCAUGAAUAGUCCAGGAACCUCCGAGGGGCAUAUAUCUGGAACUAUAUAUGGCAAUUCCACAAAGCCCUUGUCUCAGCAUCUUGACCAGCAUCACCAAAGACCAGUAACACAAGGUGAUGGCUAUGGAGUUGGUGCUACUGAUGCUUCUGGGUCUGGAAAUUUGUAUAUUCCUGUAACAACUGUUGGAUCAACGAUUAGCAACCCAAGUUUGAAUGCCAUAUCCAUGCAAUCAAUGCACAAGACAGAUGCUCCUUUGAUGACCAGUAAUCAGUCAAAUGUAUGUUCUUCUCAACAGGCAGCUGUGGAUCCUCACUCACAGUACUCGGUGAAAGAAAAUCUUGUGCAACCUCUCCAACAUCAGCUGUUUCAACAGCCAUCCCAGCAGUUUCAGCAGCGACAACUUUCUCAGCAUCAAUUGCAACAAAAAAGGCAAAUGCAAAACCAGUAUUUGUUGAGAAAUGAUUCUUUCAGUCAAUCCCAUCUAUCACCCAGUAUGGUUUCUGAGAUAAAGCCGGAGAUUGGAAUGGAGCAUCAUAAUGAAGGUCUACAGUCAAAAGUCACCCACUCCUUCCAUUCUGAUAUGCAGAAUCAAUUCCAGUCGAACUCUAUUGAGGGCCAUUCAAGAGCUCCUCAGCCUUUUUCUCAGUCAUCUUUACCACAUGAUGCCCCAUCUUUGCAUCCACAACAAUUUGUUUGCAACACUCAAAGCGAUUUUACUGGUCUUUCUGGCGGUGUUCAACCAGAUGCAGCAUUGGGAGGUCAGCGGUAUUCCAAGCCUCAAGAUGUGGAUGUAUCAGGAAGACUCCCACUUGAUCAGACUAUUCAAGAUGAUAUUCAUCACAGAUUAACCAGGCAAGAUGGAGCUCAACUAAAUAAUUUAUCCUCAGAAGAAUCCGUGAUUGGCCACUCUGAAACUUCUAGAUCAACAGAACCAGUUAACACGAAUGACCCAUCAUCUCGAACUUAUAGCAUUACUCGUGAAAAACAGUUCAAGAACCAACAGAGAUGGUUGUUGUUUUUGAGGCAUGCUCGUCGAUGUCAUUUCCCAGAAGGAAAAUGCCCUGAGCCUCACUGCUUAACUGUUCAGAAGCUGUUGAAGCAUAGUGGAAGUUGCAAUGUUUUCCAGUGUGCAUACCCUCGUUGCCGUGCUACAAAGGUCUUAGUCAAUCAUCAUCGGCGCUGUCAGGAUACAAAUUGCCCUGUUUGUAUUCCUGUUAAGAGUUUUAUGCAGGCUCAGUUCAAGACACUUACUCGUUCUAAUUUGAGUUCUGGGUUGCCUACAUUACUUAACGAAUCUUAUAAUGCCCAUGAUAUUGCUGGAACUGUGGGAAGAUCUACUCCAAAGAUGGACCCAGUUAUAGCUGAAACUCCUGAAGAUCUACAACCUCCUAUUAAACGCACAAAAGUUGAGCAAGGCCUGCAGUCUCUUGUCCCCGGAAGUGCCUCUGUGGCAUUGGCUUCUACUAUAAGUGAUAAUCAUAUCCAUGAUGUACAGCAUAGUGAAAAGGAUCGCGAUUAUCAUAUUCCAGUAAAAUCUGAAAUUAGUGACGUGAAAGUAGAGGUGAAAGUCCCUGGAAAUGUUGCACAGGGAAGUCCCAAAAUUAUCGAGAUGAAAAAGGACAACUUGGAUGAUGCUUACAUCCAAACUCCAAAAGGGGAUGAUGUCACACCUAGUGAUUCUGUUGGAUACGGUGCUCAGCAGGUCAUGAAGACAGAAAGUGAUAUGGCACAGGCUAAGCAGGAAAACACUUCAUUACCUCCCGAGAAUGCAUCCAAGUCUGGGAAGCCAAAAAUAAAGGGAGUAUCGAUGAUUGAAUUGUUCACCCCUGAAAUGGUCCGCCAACAUAUUAUGGGUCUCCGACAGUGGGUGGGACAGAGCAAAGCAAAGGCAGAAAGAAAUAUGGCAAUGGAGCAUUCGAUGAGUGAAAAUUCUUGCCAGCUGUGUGCUGUUGAGAAGCUUACGUUUGAACCUCCUCCUAUAUAUUGUACUCCCUGUGGUGCUCGCAUUAAAAGAAAUGCAAUGUAUUACACCUUUGGGUCUGGGGACACCCGUCAUUGCUUCUGUAUUCCAUGCUAUAACAAUUCUCAUGGAGACACCAUUGCAGUAGAUGGCACUACUAUUCCAAAGGGAAGGGUGGAGAAAAAGAAAAAUGAUGAGGAAACUGAAGAAUGGUGGGUGCAAUGUGAUAAGUGUGAAGCUUGGCAGCAUCAAAUCUGUGCAUUGUUUAAUGGUAGAAGAAAUAAUGGUGGAGAAGCCGAGUAUACUUGUCCUAAUUGUUAUAUGGCAGAAGUUGAAAUGGGAGAACGUGCACCAUUACCACAGAGUGCUGUUCUCGGUGCAAAAGAUUUGCCCAGAUCACAUCUAAGUGAUCACUUGGAGCAGCGUUUAAUUGUAAAACUGAAGCAAGAGAGGCUUGAAAGAGCAAGGCAUCAAGGCAAAAGUUAUGAUGAGGUCCCGGGAGCAGAAGAACUUGUUGUAAGAGUGGUAUCAUCAGUGGACAAAAAGUUGGAUGUUAAACCUCGCUUCCUGGAGAUUUUCCAAGAGGAAAAUUAUCCAACAGAGUACCCUUAUAAAUCUAAGGUGGUACUGUUAUUUCAGAGAAUUGAGGGUGUCGAAGUAUGCUUGUUUGGCAUGUAUGUUCAAGAAUUUGGAUCUGAAUGCCAGCAGCCAAAUCAUCGAAGAGUCUACCUCUCUUACCUGGACUCUGUUAAGUAUUUUAGGCCAGAGGUCAAAGCUGUCUCAGGCGAGGCUCUAAGGACAUUUGUGUACCAUGAAAUUUUGAUUGGAUAUCUGGAGUACUGCAAAAUGCGUGGUUUUACAAGCUGCUACAUCUGGGCAUGCCCUCCGCUGAAGGGUGAAGAUUAUAUUUUGUAUUGUCACCCAGAAAUUCAAAAGACACCCAAAUCUGACAAACUUCGAGAGUGGUACUUGGCCAUGCUACGGAAAGCCACAAAGGAAAAUAUUGUCGUAGAGCUUACUAAUCUUUAUGAACAUUUCUUUGUUUCAACUGGUGAAUGUAAAGCGAAGGUAACUGCAUCUCGGUUGCCAUACUUUGACGGAGAUUAUUGGCCUGGUGCUGCGGAGGACAUCAUCUAUCAACUGCAACAAGAAGAAGAAGGGAGAAAACAAUCGAAGAAGGGAACUUUGAAAAAGAACAUUACGAAAAGAGCUUUGAAGGCAUCUGGCCAAACUGACCUUUCUAGUAACGCAUCAAAGGAUCUGAUGUUAAUGCAUAGGCUUGGUGACACCAUAACUUCGAUGAAGGAAGAUUUUAUCAUGGUUCACUUACAACAUUCAUGCUCUCAUUGCUGCAUCCUAAUGGUUUCUGGAAAACGGUGGGUCUGCAAGCAGUGCAAAAAAUUUCAGCUUUGUGACAAAUGCUAUGAUGCCGAGCGAAAACGCGAUGAUAGGGAGAGACAUCCCAUAAACUACAAGGAUGUCCAUGCACUUUAUCCUGUUGACGUUGCUGAAGUCCCCGAUGAUACCAAAGAUAAUGAGAAUCUUGAAAGUGAAUUUUUUGACACAAGACAGGCAUUUCUCAGUCUUUGUCAAGGAAACCAUUAUCAGUAUGAUACUCUUCGCCGAGCUAAGCAUUCUUCUAUGAUGGUCCUAUACCAUCUGCACAAUCCGACUGCCCCUGCCUUUGUCACAACAUGCAUGAAAUGUCACCUUGAUAUAGAGAGUGGACAAGGUUGGCGCUGUGAGACGUGCCCCGAUUAUGAUAUAUGCAAUGCUUGCUAUCAGAAGGAUGGAGGAAAAGAUCAUCCUCAUAAGUUAACUAAUAAUCAGUCCAUUGAUCCCAAUGCACAGAACAAAGAAGCCAGGCAAUUACGAGUCACACAGUUGAGGAAAAUGCUCGAUCUCCUGGUGCACGCUUCUCAGUGCCGGUCACCCCUUUGCCAGUAUCCAAACUGUCGCAAGGUCAAGGGACUUUUCCGCCACGGCAUCCUGUGCAAAAGGCGCGCAUCUGGAGGCUGUCCUUUGUGUAAGAAAAUGUGGCACCUUCUUCAGCUUCACGCUCGAGCAUGCAAAGAAUCCGACUGCAACGUACCACGCUGCAGGGACUUGAAGGAACACCUGAGAAGGCUGCAGCAGCAGUCAGAUUCACGACGAAGGGCCGCGGUGAUGGAAAUGAUGAGGCAACGUGCAGCAGAGGUCGCCGGCAGUUCUUGAUCACCCCAAGUUGUAUAUAGAGCCAGAAAAUUCUAUAGUUACUGGGGAAAACUACAUUUCCUUUUGUCUCCUUCGAUGGAACUUGAAGUAGGAUUGAAAUCUGUCACUACGACUGAGCUAACUCUGCCGCAAAAGAAACCACCGGAGUUCAGCGUCACCAUCAACGUAUUUUGCGUUCAUACGUCGUCGUAUGAGCUAGCUUCCUAGGAUGUUUAUAGAUCAGCCAACUGCUUCUGCUUCUGCUUCAACUAGCUACUUAAUUUAGAUGAAAAAAAAGGGUACAGAAAUCAGUCCUGAUUCUUUGUAUUUGUUUACUUAGUAUUUCUCCCCUGCCAUCAUAUUUGAUGGCUGAGUGUAUCAUAUCUUUUACUUGCAUAGUUUUAAUGGAGAAGCACAAUUUUCCAUA